UUCAUUACAAUCAUUAGUGUAGGAUCUGAUCCGUCUCAGUCAAAACUGUAGUUGCAGAAAAUAAUCUUUCUUCUUCUUUGACCUAGUUCUCUUUCAUUUAUUGGCUAUACUGCAGCCCUGUUGGGGCCUCUCUUUACCCAACCAUGAGUAGCUACGACUCGUACGAAGUCUCUGUACAAUACAUUGAUGACAGUGACCCGUUUAAUGUUCUUGGUACCAUCAAACAUGCCGAACCAUCUCCUCCAUUGAAGUACAGCUUCGUCUCUGAUAUACCGCUCUGUGAUCAGAUAGCAGGGCUCAAGAAAAUGCUCAAGGCGCCACACAAGAUAGAUGAUGCUACACUGGUUUAUUACAGACAGUCUGAUAAGGAAUCCAAAUAUCUCGACCUUGAGUCUGACAUGGGGGAACUGAUAAGAGACUAUAACCUCUCAUUUGACAAAGAUGCUGUUAUAUUUUUGAGACACAAGCUCUCAGUCAGAGUACAUACCAUUAACGAAACUUUAUUUAACGCUGAGAGGACUACAUUGCGUCAAGCACUCUUCUCACUCAAGAGAAUGUUCCAGGAUGAUUCUGACCUGGUGAUGGAGUUUGUUGCUAAUCAAGGAAUGGACGCACUCAUCACUGUAGCAAGAGAUGCUGAUGCCACCUUUCAACAAUACAUACUGAAAGCUGUUGGUGAGAUAGUGGUGUAUGUUGAUGGAAUGCAUGGACUCAUCAGGUGCAAUGAGAUGAUACAGUGGCUAUACCAACUCAGCACUUCAAAGUUUAAAAUGGUCGUCAAGGCAGUUCUAGACACGUUGCUCCUGUUUGUUAAUUAUACCGAGGGAGGGGGAGGAGGAGGAGGAGAGGGUAACGGGGGACUCAAGAGUGGACGAGAGUCUCCACAGCAGAGAACCGGUUCCCCAGACUCGUCAAACGGGUUUAACACAGCCCAACUACUUAAGGACGCCAUUGAGGCUUACUCUGACUCCAAAGGUUUAAAGCCGUGGUCACUGUUCAUGACACUUUUGAGUGACAAGUCUUCAGAGGCAGACAUUCAGACUAAAACAAUGACACUUAUAAACAGGACACUAUCCAACCUCUCUGAUAUGGAUUCAUAUUAUGAUAUUGUGGACUCACUUGAAGAUCAAGACAUGGAGACAGUAAUGAGAUAUCAUCAGAACAGAGAUAAAAACAGAGGUUUAGUGAAAGAGUUCAAAGCUUAUGAGGAAUCAAUAAAGCAGUACUAUACAGUGCAAUAUGAGGGGGAACAAGGUGCUCCUCAGCGUAAAAUGAGACGGAGUAGAAGUCAGUCAGGUAUAUCCAGCCUGGCCACCACUGCCACCAGUAACAACAGUAACACACUCUCACCUAACAGCAGGCCAGAGACACCAACUAAGAAGUCAACUUCAACCACUGACGUGUCUCCCAGUAAAAGUUCAAAGUUCACUUCAGAGAAGCCACCCAGCGGAAAGAAAGAAUCCAGUACUGUUAAGAAAACUGGUAAAGAGGAGACAAGUGGAGCAGCUACAUCAGGUAGCAGCAGUAGAUUGUCUCCUUCAAGUGGUGAAGGAUCUUUAUCAAUGCAACGGUCAUCUAGUGCAGGGACGGUACCAAGAAACAACUUAUCUUCAAUAAAAAAAGAUAACGAUGUCCUCUCGUCAAAAUCAACUUCAUCAGUUGAGCCGUCAUCUUACCUCUCCUCAUUCAGAGAGAGGGAGAUGGAGAGGGAGAAGAAGAGGGAGAGGGAGGAAGAGGAACGGCGUCUUGAGCGAGAGAAGAGGGAGAAGGAGAGGGAGAGAGAGAGGGAGGAACGAGAAAAGGAGAGAGAAAGGAAACGUAUCGAAUGGGAGAAGGAAAAGGAAGAAAGAGAACGCAAGAGGGCCGAACGACAAAAAGAGAGCGAACUCAAUCGUCUUCCUUCCCCAACUCCCUCAUCCGCUAACCGACGAAAACUCUCAACACCAUUGACAUCGUCCGAGAAGAAACCUCAACCUAAAUAUGGCGGGUUCGCUGGCUUUGGUAUCACCUACUCAAAACCAACUCCGAAAUCCCCUAGUCCUGAGAUACCUUCUCGUUCAUCCGACAGUCAACCCAGCAGUGACAGGGAGGACAAGUUGACCAGUAGCUCACAAAGUUCAGCUAGUUCAGGCUCUCGUAGUUCAGCAGAGCCUGAGACAACUACUAGCGCUAGAAGAAUGACUGGUUCUAAGUCAGCUUCUGAUAUUUCUUCCCCUCCUCCUCCUACUUCUCCUAGUACGAAGCAAGAUGAUAAACCUAAGUGCAAGUAUGGCGGCUUCUCUGGGUUUGGACUAACAUAUUCAUCAGGUAAUAAAUCAGGAGAGACAGUUUCUACCAGAUCAACCAGCAGCAGUAAUAAAACAGCAGCUAUUAGUAAAGAUACUAGCAGGGAUAAAGACACCAAGUCACAAAGUAAUGGCUCUAGCACAUCAAAUAAUACUAGUACUCUAGCUAAUGGACUCUCUACUUCAGCUAAUGGUCCUACUACAGCUAAUGGUCCAACUGCAGCUAUUGCUAAUGGUACUACGAGUGAAAGUCCUAAAGUGAUCAUCCACGCCUCCAGUCCGAUUGAUACUCCUCCUCAUAAAGGAGACAUUUCUAUUAAAAGUGCUACAGCAGUCGAGAGCAAUAGCGAGUUCUUGAAUCGUAGCAGGAGACUCCGACAGUCCGACGCUGGAAUCAACUACUCAACUGGUUCUACGACGACCAGUGGAGGCGGAGUUGAUAGGGACAAAUGGAGACGAGAGAGAGAAGAACAAGAGAAAGAUUUUGAACGAGAAAGAGAAGAAUGGAAGAGAAAGAGAGAGGAAAGGGAGAAGGAAAGGCAAAGGGAGAGGGAGGAAUGGGAACGAGAACUCCAACGGGAGAGAGAGGAGAGAGAGGAAAGACGUAAGGCCCGGGAACGAGAAAGAGAACAAGAAAGAGAACAAGAGAAACAGAGGGAGAAGGAGAGAGAGGAAAGACGUCGAAAAUUGAGAGAAGAUGACGAGAAUAAGUACAACUGGAAGGAUUGGGACACACACAAAACUGGAGGGAAAUCUUCGAGUGAUGAUAAAACAACGUCGGACACUUCAAGCAUAAUGAGCAGACGCUACAAGAAAGAAGACAAGAACACAAUGAGUUUAGAAUCAGAAGAACGAGACAAAGUUUCUGAUACUGUCCCUCUUAGACGUAAACCAGGUAGUAGAUCAGCUCUGGGCGGAGAAAAGUCUCUCGAGGUUUUCUACAGACGACGCUCACGUCUUUUUGACUCAGAAGAGAGAGAGGGUGAGGGAAGUAACAUUCCUGUCUCUCCCUCGGCUCCAUCAGUUCCUCCUCUCAGUCCGAAUGUAAAGACGGCUUCAUCUGUAUCAGCUCCUGCUGUGGUACCAGUUAAAGAACCAGUCAAACAAGAAACCCCAAAACCGACGCCCCCUCCCCCUGUCUCCUCCCCUCCCAGCCUAGAGUCUAAACCUGAGAAACCCUCUGUAAUGAAACCAGCCGAGAAACCUCAAGAACCAGCCAAGAGUGAGACCCCAGCCUCAACUGUGUCUGUGCCGAAUCAGGUAGCUGAGAAGGUGAGUGGUCCUGAUGCUCCUCAAGGUCGGACGAGGAUAGGAACCACAUCAACUCAGAUUGCAGAGAAGACAAAGAAGAUGAUGGCCUUGAUGAACGAUGAAGAGUCGGUUAUUGACGACAAGAAGGUGGAAGUGAACAAGAUACAAAAGAAACCAGAACCUGCUCCAGUAUUUGAGGAGCUCCCCAUAGCUCCUCCGGCUAAGAAACUUGAGGACAACGAAGAGUACCUCCCUGAGCUUGAGUGGGCGUAUGCUCCGAGUGACAUUAAACUCAGAGAUCUCAUUGUGCGUGAUCUUGAUUUCACUGAUUUAACAUCAGACGAUGAAACAGGAGGAGAAGAAGAAUUGAAUACUGCUGUACCCCUAGGGGGCGUUCCUCCUCCCCCUCCACCCCCAGGGGGAAUUCCUCCUCCCCCUCCUCCAGGGGGUGCUCCUCCUCCUCCUCCGCCCCCAGGGGGC